CAUUGUAAAAAAAACCCCACACAAACACAUAUUUAGCUAAAACAUUACUCAUAACGUUGCUUAAUCCCACUGAUUGUGUCGCACGCAUAGGAAGUGACGUAUCGGUAAGGUGUUACGUUUUACCGAGACUUCCGCUUUGUCGUGUGGUUGCUGCUGCCAAACUUAGGCAAAAUGACCACAGCUGCAAGGCCAACGUUCGAGCCGGCGAAAGGAGGGAGAGGAAAGGGAGAGGGGGAUUUGAGUGCCCUCUCCAAGCAGUAUUCCAGCAGAGAUCUUCCAGGUCACACGAAGAUCAAGUACAGACAACCUACCCAGGAUGCCCCUGAGGAGGUGCGUGCCCGUGACUUCCGCAGAGAGCUGGAGGAGAGGGAGCGUGUUGUUGCCCGUGAGAAGACCAGAGAGAGGGGACCAAGAGAACACACCACAUCUUCAUCAUCGUCAUCAUCAUCGUCAAAGAGACCCAGACUGGAUCAGAUCCCAGCAGCAAACCUUGAUGCUGACGACCCUCUGACCGAUGAUGAUGAAGACGAGGACUCUGAAGAGGAGAGCGAUGAUGACGACAGCGCAGCUCUCAUGGCAGAACUGGAGAAGAUCAAGAAGGAGCGAGCUGAAGAGCAAGAGCGCAGGGAACGGGAACAAAAAGCGGAAGAGGAGAGGAUUCGUAUGGAGAACAUCCUGAGUGGAAAUCCACUGAUUAAUUUGGCAGGACAGCAGCAGCAGCAGCAACAACAGCAGCAGCAGCAGACCGCCCAGAUCAACACUUUCAAAGUCAAGAGAAGAUGGGACGAUGACGUUGUUUUCAAGAACUGCGCCAAAGGAGUGGACGACUCACGGAAAGAGAAACGUUUUAUCAACGAUACUCUGCGCUCUGAAUUUCACAAGAAGUUUAUGGAGAAAUAUGUAAAAUAAAAGACUUAGUGUGUUUGAAUUUUAUUUUGGUUUUUAAUCAGUUUUGUUGUACGCUUUUUCAUUAAUAAAUGUCAACCAGACGAGUGUCUGUACGGUCAGUGAGUAGAUGUAUAUAAAGUGGAACACCUGCAUACUUUGAAUAAAUAUCAAAAUCCUCUGUGAUUUUAUUUUUUUUUAAGCAGCUGUCUUUCAGUUCAGUUUUCUAAAAUAAAUAAAACCUUGUGUUUAACAUGA